UAGGUUUUAAAAUGAAUUCCAAGACACCAUUGUAAAAAGACUGCAUUUCUUCUUAUGAUUGACCCUGGACAGCAAUGUUUGAAUCUUAAUGUACAAGACAGUUUGGAAUAUGGAAGAACUAGAAUUAGAUUAUCGUAGAACAGAAAUUCACUGUGCCACAGAUUUGAUGUUUUACAUAGAGAUGGAUCCACCAGCUUUACCUCCAAAGCCACCAAAGCCCACACCUGUAACUAAUAACGGGAUAAACAGUAAUAUGUCUCUGCAGGAUGCUGAAUGGUACUGGGGAGACAUUUCAAGAGAGGAGGUCAAUGAAAAACUGCGAGACACUGCUGAUGGUACCUUUUUAGUCCGUGAUGCUUCUACCAAAAUGCAUGGUGACUAUACUCUUACCCUAAGGAAAGGAGGCAAUAAUAAAUUAAUCAAAAUUUUUCAUCGAGAUGGCAAAUAUGGCUUUUCUGACCCAUUGACAUUCAAUUCAGUGGUGGAGCUUAUAAAUCAUUAUCGUCAUGAAUCUUUGGCACAGUACAAUCCUAAACUAGAUGUUAAAUUAUUGUACCCAGUCUCUAAGUUCCAACAGGAUCAAGUAGUGAAAGAGGACAACAUUGAUGCAGUAGGCAAAAAAUUACAUGAGUAUCACACACAGUACCAGGAAAAGAGUAGAGAGUACGACAGACUUUAUGAAGAAUGUACAAGAACAUCUCAAGAAAUUCAAAUGAAAAGGACAGCUAUUGAAGCAUUUAAUGAGACAAUCAAAAUAUUUGAAGAACAGUGUCAAACACAGGAAAGGUACAGCAAGGAGUAUAUUGAAAAAUUCAGACGAGAAGGAAAUGAAAAGGAGAUUCAGAGGUUUGUAUUUUGUCUUGAUUUAAUCUCUUCAGUUUCGAUAUUUUAGAAGUUCAUAAAGGUC